GGUCAACAAAUCAUAUACAGAUAAUCUUAAGAAUACUUUUCUUUAUAUGUAAUACUGUUUUUUAAUCGCUUUAUAAAGAAACUACUAAAUUAUAAUUAUGUCCAGUUUUCAAGCUAUACUUUUGGCUUUUUAUAUGUUUAUAAAUAUUUAGGAUUACUUUUAUGAUCGCUUAAAUUAAUUAUGAAGCUUGAUUGAAACGAUCUUGUUAUAUCAAAAAUCGAUUUAACUAUAUAUUUUUAAUAAAUACUUUUGUUAAAAUAAAAGUUUAUUUGUGAAAAUUGACAGACAUACUUCUUAUCCAUGAUAAGACAAAUAAGAUAGUUGGCUUCUCACGAACUUUCAGAUAAAAUUGUUAUUUAGCUAAAUAAGUAUAAUUGCGAUACAAAAGAAUGUUUUACUUAAUAAUGUCAUCGAAAUAAGUCAGGUAAAAACCUAAACAUAUAAUUCAUAUAUAGUGCUUCGAAAAUAACCUAUUUAGUAAUACACGAAAUUAUUUAACAAAACAACGGGAGGUAGUAAAUAUGAAGAAAAAAUUGCUAUACGAAACUAAUAGAUUAAAAAACGAUGGCUCCAUUUUUUUUUAAUUAGAAGGGCAAAAUAAUUCAUUCAUAAAAGGAUCUAUUCAAAUUCAUUGUAGUGAUAUCUCUAUUUUGUAUUAAUCUCGUAUAAGUCAUCGUUUUAUUAUUAUUCGUGAUAGAGUUUCUCUUGACUAUGGCAUAACAGAGAGUGUUUGCAGCAGUACAGCCUUUUCUAUUAUAACUUUAUAACAGAAAAAAAGAUUGCAUUCAACUUAAAUAUUUAGGAUUCAAACUACGAAAUUUAGAAUACAGACGAUAUUGGUCAUCAGCAAGUCAGAUAUUUGAAUUUGUACGUGUAUGGUAUAUGUAUAAAACUCUUACUCUUACAUAUUUGACAAAAGCUCUUUAUUGUAUUCUUAUAACGACUGCACAAACUCAUCAAGUUGCAUAA